AUGGUAGCUGCAUUUACUUGCCCGCUUCCCGCUUUCUAUGAGGGCACUGGUGAGAAUCCUCAUAGGCGUUGCGUUGGAAGGGUGUUUCCAAGAUUCAUGUUUGUCGUUCGGCACAUAAGAAGGGUAUAUAUCAAACAAGAAAGAUGUCCUGAAUGUGGUUUACGCUUUGGGUACAGGUAUGAGAUGAGUAGACAUAGAGCGAGCAGAUCUAGUUGUAAGGGGUGGAAUGGAGAGCCGGAGGUACCACAGAUAGCCAUCGACCUGUGCAGAGCUCUGUCGGAGGUUUGCGCUGGAUCGAUCCAGCGUACUAGAGCCGACUCCCGUAGUAGUCAGGGCUGGAUCACUGGUUUCCCUUUGCGCAGGUGGGGUGAAUAG